AUUCAGAGAGACCAGAGAUGCCUUGGCCAAGCAGAAAGAGAGACAAAGGAGCAGUAGCAGAUAAAAAAGAGCCUGAUGCAAAAAUGGCCAGAACUGAGGAGGAGACUUCAGAUAAGGAGGAAGAAGAGAAGUCCACAAAACCUCCAGCUGGGAGUUCAAAGUCAGGAUGGAAGAACUGGAAGAAGACAAAAGAAUCUGACUCGGGUGGGGAAGAAAGCAAGAUAACUUACUGUCACUGGCUGCUGAAAUCAGAACCUGAGAGCAGACUCGAGAAGGGAGUGGAUGUGAAAUUCAGCAUUGAUGACUUGAAAGCCCAGCCCAAUCAGACAACCUUUUGGGAUGGAGUAAGGAACUACCAGGCAAGGAAUUUUCUGAGAGCCAUGAAACUUGGGCAGCAGGCCUUCUUCUACCACAGUAACUGUAAAGAGCCUGGCAUUGUUGGCAUUGUCAAGAUCGUAAAGGAGGCAUACCCUGAUCACACACAGUUUGAUCAGAAGGAUCCUCAUUAUGAUUCCAGCAGCAGAAAAGAGAACCCCAAGUGGUCCAUGGUGGAUGUCCAGUUUGUGCGGAUGACAAAACGUUUCAUCCCCCUUUCUGAAAUCAAGACUCACCACCUGGCUCAUAAAGCAGAUGGAGGGCCCCUCAAGAACAUGAUGCUCUUCACAAGGCAACGUCUUUCCAUCCAACCACUGACACAAGAGGAAUUUGAUUUUGUCUUGAGCCUGGAAGAGGAAAAGCCACACUAAGAAACCAACCAGCACAGCUUCUACCCAGCCUGCUGAUGCCUCCUCCUAAAUCAGCUUAACUCUCAAGUUGACUUGCUCAGUGGCAGCAGCAAGACCAUGCCAUGACCUGCAGCUACAUGUCCCUUAUCCUGACACACAGUUAUUUUUGCUUAUUUUUCAAUAAAGCUGUUUAGAAUCAA